UUAUGUGUGUGUGUGUAUAUAUAUUGAUUAUUGUUAUUUGAAAUAUUGGAAUGGACGCAUGAUUCAUAACACCAAGAGUGAGAACACAAGGAAACAAGAGACUGCUGCAAUUUGUCCCUACAACUACCAUUCACUGCCACUGCCGCUGCCAAGAACCAAACCUCCACAUAAACUGCCGCUUUUCUCCUUUCCCUCUUCUCCAUCUGCAUCUGCAUCUGCAUCUGCUGCUUUAAUCACAUCCCAGAAAAGAAAAGCAACUUCCGUACAUGCAUUUAUCAACCUCCACCUUCCCCCACCUACCAAUACCAUGCUUCUUCCUUCUCCUCCUCUUCCAUGCCCCUUUUUCUCUAUCCAACCCCCGAAUUUCCGAAGCCGGGUUGUUCUGCGGCCAGUCUCGCCCCCCGCCCAAUGUCAGCUACAUCCCGCUCUUUGUCAGAGGAAUGGAAGUUCUUUCCCAGCUCGUCACCGCCAACGACUGGGGUAAUUAUGCUGUAAACGCAACUAAUAUUUCCAUAUACACUUUGGCUCAAUGCUACGCCGAUUUGUCUCACAACGAUUGCCUCCAGUGCUACGCCGCCAGCCGCACUCGCCUCCCUCGCUGCCUCCCCGCUGUCUCCGGCCGCAUUUUUUUAGACGGGUGCUUCCUCCGCUACGACAGUUACGCCUUUUUCAACGAAAGCGUGGACCCCGCUUGGGAUAAGGUGAAUUGCAAUAGCUCGGUGGGGUCGGCGGGUGGGGUCGGCCUGGAAUUCGAGAAGGAUGUCCGGGAGCUGAUCGAUAACCUGACGGCGAGAGCGGUGGUGAAUGGGCGGUACGCGGUGAUGGGGAAUAAGGGCGUGUUUGGAUUGGCGGAGUGUUGGAAUACUGUGAACAGGGAGGGGUGCAGGGCUUGUUUGGCUAAGGCCAGUAGAGAUAUUGGAGGGUGUUUGCCGGGCAAGGAAGGCAGGGCGUUGAAUACUGGUUGCUAUUUGAGGUAUUCUACUCAGAAGUUCUUCUCUAAUCAGUCUCAGGAAACAAACAGUAAUUCUGGGGCCUCUAGAAGAGGUGCAAUCGUGGCAAUUGUUUUGUCCGUGGCGGCCUUCUGUAUGCUCUGUCUCUUUGCUGCUUAUGCAGCCUAUGGCAGAUGGAAAAAAAGAACGCAAGAACGUAAUAAUCUUGGCCGGAUUUCAUAUUCUUACAACAAGUCCAAUUUGAACUUCAAAUAUGAAACGCUGGAGAAGGCAACAAAUUAUUUUGAUCCAUCAAGAAAACUGGGCCAAGGAGGAGCAGGUUCUGUGUACAGAGGAACCCUUCCUAAUGGGAAAACUGUGGCUGUGAAAAGGUUGUUCUUCAGCACCAGGCAAUGGGUGGAUGAGUUCUUCAAUGAGGUGAAUCUCAUUAGUGGGAUUGAGCACAAGAACCUUGUCAAGCUUCUGGGCUGCAGCAUUGAGGGCCCUGAAAGCCUCCUCGUUUAUGAAUUUGUGCCUAAUAAGAGCCUUGAGCAGUACCUCUUAGAUAAAAACAAGGUUAAGAUUCUUAAUUGGAAGGAGAGGUAUAAUAUUAUUGUCGGGACAGCUGAAGGGAUUGCUUUCCUUCAUGGAGGUUCUGAGUUCAGAAUCAUCCACAGAGACAUCAAGAGCAGCAACAUUCUUCUAGAUGAGAAUCUUGACGCCAAGAUAGCUGAUUUUGGUCUCGCUCGGAAUUUUGCAGCUGAUAAGACUCAUCUCAGCACUGGAAUUGCAGGCACAUUAGGAUACAUGGCUCCCGAAUACCUAGUGAAAGGGCAGCUUACAGAGAAGGCUGAUGUUUAUAGUUACGGUGUGUUGGUUCUUGAAAUUGUGUGCGGUAGGAAGAACAAUGCCUUUGUGGAGGAUUCUGGAUCUCUUCUACAAACAGUUUGGAAGCUCUACAAGACGGAUAGAUUGACGGAAUCAGUUGAUCCUUGUUUGAAUGGUGAUUUUCCAGCAACCGAGGCAGUGAAAGUGCUGAAGGUCGGGCUCUUAUGCGCACAGGCGUCUGUAGCUCAGAGACCAUCAAUGGCAGAAGCUGUUAGGAUGCUUACAGACGAAAAUUACGAAGUCCCAGAGCCAAGUCAGCCGCCAUUUUUAAACACUGGUGCCCUCUCGGCCAGCUCUACCAGGUCAUCUUACAGCAUUAAUAGUUUAGCAUCAAAUAUGGUGACAAGACACGGAACAUCGUAUCCCUCCACCGAGUCUUUCAGUAUUCAGAGUUCUGAUGGACAGUCCAGAAGCGAAGAGGUAAGGCUGAGGUAGAAAACUCAAUUUUCCUAUGAUCAUUUCAUAACAAAAACAGAGUUGCUUGAGAUCCUGUGGAAAAGAUAAGGAAACAGAAGUGCAAUUCAUGUACAAUCCGUGAAGUUCAAGAGUCGAAGUCAGUAAAAAGUUUUUUGCCAGAUUUUGUAGAAUUUGGUUCUUAGGAAGAGAAUGUUUUAAAUACAGCCGGUGUAGCACAAGAUGUGUAGCAGUGUGCAAGUAAACGUCGUUGUGUUAGUGAGUGAGGUUGCAUCAUAGGCCAAAAUGGUCUGUUUUGGAUAGAGAUUGCUCUUCAAAUUUAAAUAUUUAGGGCAGGUAACGUGGGCGGUUGAUGCCGGUGACGGGACCCCAUUUGCUUUAUUAUACAAACACACAUUCUUUUCAUGA